CUGCUGCAGUCGUCAACAAAAACACCGGAUGACUUGACGACCAUCUGAGUGGCAAGCAAAUUAAAUUUAUUUUAAAAUUUUAUUCUGUUUUAGACUCCGUAAGACGGUUUUCACCACUGAAUAAUGGCGAUGACCGUGCUGGUAACGGGAGGAACCGGACUCGUUGGCAAAGCCAUACAAAAGGUCAUUGGGGAUGAGAAACCGGCCGAUGAAAAGUGGGUCUUCGUUGGGUCGAAGGAUGCGGAUCUCACGGAUCUGCAAUCCACACGUGCAAUGUUCGAGCGGCACCAGCCAACACACGUGAUCCAUCUGGCUGCGAUGGUGGGUGGACUAUUCCACAACAUGAACAACAACUUGGACUUCCUGCGCAAGAACAUUCAAAUCAACGACAACGUGUUGCUGCUGAGCCACGAGUUCAAGGUGCGCAAGGUGGUAUCCUGCCUGUCGACGUGCAUCUUCCCGGACAAGACCACCUAUCCCAUUGAUGAGACGAUGAUCCACAACGGACCACCUCAUGACUCAAACUUCGGAUAUAGCUAUGCCAAACGGUUGAUCGAUAUCACCAAUCGAGCCUAUAACCAACAACAUGGCGAUAUGUUUACUUCAGUGGUUCCGUGUAAUGUGUUCGGUCCGUAUGACAACUUCACUCCUGGGGUCAGUCACGUCAUUCCCGGUAUGAUUCAUCGAUUGCAUGAGAUCAUGUAUUUAAAAGAUCAAGAGAAACCCCGAGAGGAGAAAGUGUUCCCCGUCUACGGAACAGGAAAACCGCUGCGACAGUUUAUCUAUUCCAUCGAUUUGGCAAAACUAUUCAUUUGGGUUUUAAGAAGCUACGAGAGUGUGGAUCCCAUUAUUCUUUCGGUUGACGAAGAAGCCGAAGUAUCGAUUGCACAGCUGGCUGAGUCAUUGGUGAAAGCGUUCGACUUUAAGGGCAAGAUUGAAUUUGAUACCAGUAAGGCUGAUGGACAAUACAAAAAGACGGCAUCGAAUGCUAAACUUAGGAAGUUGUUACCAGAUUUCAAGUUUACUGACUUCGAUAGCGCGAUAAAGGAAUCGGUUCAGUGGUAUGUGGAAAAUUAUGACAAUGCGCGAAAAUGAUGAGUUUUGUUUCGUUGUUGAUAAAUAAACUUUUUUGGACUACAAA